GUCCUGCAGACUCACCAAACUGUUAUUUUACAGCUGGCCGGAAACUCUUGCACACUUUAUGAGGACGGAGAGAAGCUGCAAGACUAACUUUUCAUCACCUUUCAGCCAAACGGCGUCUUAAAUCUCCCACAAGAAGAAAACAGGAGGGAACAGUAUCAUUUUACAAACAGGUCUGUCCCAUUCAGAAGCUGCAGAAAUUACGCAAGAGAAUCUGAUAUCAAGGUUCAGAGAAAAGCAGAUUUCUUUUUGUGUGUGAAAGAAGAACAACAAGAAGGACAAUGUCCAAACCUAAUUACUCUGGGACGUUUCAUAUGGUGGAGCAGGACAACAUGGACUCAUAUCUGGCAGCUUUAGAUAUUAAUUUUGCUUUGAGGAAGAUUGUGUGCCUACUGAAGCCCACCAAAGAAAUCACCCAUGACCCGGCCACAGGGGCCAUGAAAAUCCGCACCAUCACCACCUUCAAGAACUUCAUCAUGGACUUCAUCAUCGGAGAGGAGUUCACUGAAGACCUGGGGCCUGUGGACGGCCGCACCUGUCAGACUACAGUGAGCUGGGAAGGAGACAAGCUGGUCUGUGUACAGAGAGGAGAGAAAGGAGGACGAGGCUGGACUCACUGGCUGGAAGGAGACAAGCUGCAUCUGGAGAUGAGAGUCGAAGGAAUCGUUGCCAAACAAGUCUUCAAAAAGGCCGUUUGAAGAAAAAUUACCUAGUUUUUGAACAACAACAACAAAAAAUAGUCGGUACGAGAAAAGAAUGGUGUUUGUAGCCUUUUUAUUAUAUUCAGUGACAUUUUAAUCGAAUGUUUUAAUGGUAAUAAUACACAGUAGCAGAACCAAGAUGACUGUAAACAUUCCCAGUUUUUGUUUCUUCAUAUUGCACUGCCUUAUAAACACGUUAUACAUUA